AUGCCUCAUUCCACCCAAACUCUCUUCCUUUCCCUACUCUUCGCACUGUUCGUCGUUGCCACGUCACAGUGGGGUGGUCCCGGCGGAUGGGGACCGUAUGGAGGAUACGGAGGACCGUACGGUGGCUACGGUGGCGGAUACGGUAACCGAUGGGGACGAUACGGUUAUGGUGGAUAUGGUGAGUAGACUUUAAUUCGAAACAUUGUUCGAAUACGCCUUUUUUUAGGUGGUUGGGGUCAACAAGCGCGUAAUAUUGGCACUGCAGCUAUAAUCGGCUCCGAAGUGGCGACUGGAGUACUUGUGGCUGAAGAGAUUAUUGGAAAAUAG